AUGUUUACAAAAUGCCAAUUGGGACCAAGAAGAGUGAGAGUUAAUGCUGUAAAUCCAGGCCCUGUGAAAACUGAACUAUUUCGACGAGGCGGUAUGAGUAACACUGACUGUGAAAAAAUGUUGAAAGGUAUUGAAAGGAGCUCUUUGCGCGGGAAAGUGGCUGGAGUGGAAGAUGUAGCUGAACUAGUAAUAUUCCUAGCCAGUGAUAGAGCAAGUUGUAUCAAUGGAAAUUGCUAG